UGAUCAAAACUGGAAAUAGCAUAGCUGAAGGUAAAUAUAUGCAUAUGAGAUGUGCUGCCCAUAUUAUAAAUCUGAUUGUUACUGAUGGUCUAAAAGAGUUGGAUGAAUCAGUUAAGCGUGUGCGAGCUGCGGUUAGAUAUAUAAGAAAUGGGCCAUCUAGAAUUACAAGAUUUAAAGAACUUGCUCGGUUAGAAAAGGUGGAUGGCGAGGCAUUCUUGAGUUUGGAUGUAUGCACUAGAUGGAAUUCCACAUACCUAAUGUUAGCAACCGCAAUCAACUUUGAGAAAGUGUUUGCGAGGUAUGAGGAAGAAGAUCCACUCUAUACAUUAGAUUUAACUAGUGAGAAAGCUCCUGGUAUUCCUGUUGAUAGUGAUUGGGAGAAUGCUACGAAAAUGGCUGAAUUUCUUGGACAGUUUUAUCACCUUACUCUUAGUGUUUCUGCCACACUCCAUGUGACAGUGAAUCAAUUUGUUAUGGAUAUUGCUGAAAUUAAUGUUGUGUUGGAAGAGUGGGCUGAUAGUGAUGAUAUUUUGCGCAAAACAAUGGCCAAGAAAAUGCAAGAUAAGUAUGAUAAGUAUUGGGGACGUUGGAAUGAGGAGGUGGAGAAUGAAAGGGGGAAGGGGAAAGGAAAGAAAAAGGAAGAGGAGAAUGUGAACAUGUUUGUAUUUGCUGCAACUGUUCUUGAUCCAAGAUUCAAGCUUUCAAACUUCACAAAACUAGCAAUUGAAGAAAUGUAUGGUGAGUUAAAUGGAGGCAAAGCAUGGGAGGCGGUGAAAACAUUUAUGCAUGCUUUGUUUGAAGAGUACAAAGCUAAGUAUGCACCAAGUGAUGCAAGCAAGCAUGUGCGAGCUCCACAAUCUGAACUAACUCAAAAAAGGGAAGGAAGGAAAUUGGUGUCUCGGAUAAAUAAAAAGUUGAGAGUUGGUGAUGGUGAAGCUAGCAUGAGCAAAUCUGAAUAUGAGAAAUACCUACAUGAAGAGAAUGAAGUAAAUAGGGAUGAUUUUGACAUUCUAAAAUGGUGGAAGAACAACGCUGCUAGAUUCCCAAUAUUGGCAAGAAUGGCCCGUGAUGUGUUGGCUGUUCCGGUAUCAACGGUUGCGUCUUGAGUCAGCAUUUAGCACAAGUGGUCGCAUCCUAAAUGAAUUUAGAACCUCCCUUACACCAUUCAUGGUCCAAGCUCUUGUUUGUGCCCAAGACUGGCUAAGGGGUUCUAUUACUGUCAACAUUGAAGAAGAUGAGGAGGAAUUGUUAAGAUUGGAAAAGGAACUAAUUGAAGAGUUUGGUAGUACAAAUUCAUCCAAAUCGAAAGCAAGUAGUAGCAAGUCUGUUUGCAAGCCAUCUGGGGCUGAGCCAAUCUUGCCCACCUCCAUCCUCUACUUAAACAUUGAUUGGCUCACUUGGCUGGAACUUGGAAUGGUCAAGAUGCUCAUGUUUAUGAUGGCAAAUUGGGAGUCUUACUGUUGGCUGCUCUUCAACUUCAAGUGCAAAUCUAUUGUCAUUUAUCACUAUCAGUUUGUGUUGUUGAACACUUGAACUUGGACUUUGGUUAUGUCUAGUGCUGGAACUUGGACUACCAGUUUGUCACUAUGUGUUAUUGAACUUGGACUUGGUUAUGUAUUGUGCUGGAACUUUGGUUAUGUCUCUGGUGAACCUUGUUUAACUUUGGUUAUUGUGAUGGAACUUGGACUUGAUUGUGCAUGUUUCAAUA